AGAUUCGUCAAAAUCUCGAGUUCGGUAUGUUUGACGAUUACAAUACUUCCUCUAUUUCUCGUAUACGAGAAAGUUAGUUAAAAACUUUUCUUCCGUUCUCGGCUAUGAAUCUACUGAUUCAUUCUACCAACAGCAUCGAUGACGUCACAGAGUUUAUCUUUAAAAAAAACGCAAGGAAAAAAAGAGUUAUGUAAUAGAUAGGGCAAGAUAUCUAAAUGACUGCAAUUCAGCGAUAAGGCGAGACAAAUUUCGAAAGGGAUAUCCAGAGAGCUAUUUGACUUGACGGAAAGCAGGAAUAAAGCGGCAGAGAAAUGUCACAAGAAAAUGACUCCCAUGGUCUCCUGGUGAUAGACACAGAUUGCGGCAGCGACGAUGCGAUGGCCAUCAUGGCUGCUUUGGGCCAAUGGGGGCGGAAGUCCCGCCAUCUUUUGGCGAUCACUUGCUGCUUCGGGAACACAACCGUCGAACAUGUCUGCCAAAAUGUUCUAAGAGUGUUGCACGCUUGCAGAGAAACAAAUAUUCCGGUAUACAGCGGCAGUUCUGGUCCCAUCUUGAAGCACCCAGAUACUCCAGAGAUUGUCCACGGCUCAGAUGGUUUUGGCGAUUGUGCACACCUCUUCUCCACGGGACAGAGGCGUUUGGAAGAACUGCCAGCACCAGCAGCCCUAGUGGAAUUGUCCCGCAUCCACGGCCCUUUCACAUUGGCCGCUCUGGGGCCUCUGACUAAUGUAGCCCUAGCUCACAGACUCGACCCAGGCUUCACUGCACGACUUGAAAGAAUCGUCUUUCUGGGGGGAAAUUACAAAGGUGUCGGCAACACAACCGAAUGCGCCGAAUUCAAUUUCUACUGCGAUCCUGAGGCUGCCCACAUCGUGUUAUCAGAAGCCCAGUGCCCUGUACAGAUGGUGCCUUGGGAGACGACCCUGGAAUAUGGAAUAGAUUGGGAGGAGUUUAACGCCUUGCUGGAAACACCUACCGACAGAGCCCGCCUCCUUAAAGGGGCCACAAACAUUGUCAAGGAAAUCUGCGUGAGGGACGGAUACGGUCAAUUCCUGGACUGUGAUCUGCUAGCAGUGGCUGUGGCACUGCGUCCUGAAUGUGUGACGGGCAGUCGGCGCACCUGUGCAUCCGUCGAGUGUUCUGGGACACUGACAAGAGGGAUGGUGGUUUGUCAAAAACCCCGUCCGUCAAGGAGUCAAAUCGAUAUCGUCGAAAAGUUGGACGAGAAAAUCCUAAAUCGUCUGCGGAAUGAAAUGGUGCAGCAAAAUUAAGUGCUAAGUGCUAAGUCCUUGCGAAAGUAUGUGCUGUGUUGCUUAUAGAUGGUAUUAAUAUUAUUUUUUGUAUGUAAUCACGAUAGAAAAAUUGUUUAUAAAUUGUUUUGUAACCAA